CCCGUGAAGGCACCGUCAGUCUCAUUGUGGCCCUGCGGAUCUCUCGCCAUCACACUCAGCAGCUACGAAGGAGCAGCAGGGCGACAGGACACCGGGGCCACCGCAGCCGCCCAGCCCGCUUCAGCGACACUUUGAUCCCCUGCAGCCAUGGAGAGCGGCGCUGUGGGUCAUUAGGGGAGCUUUUUAACCGGGCCUGGGGAUUUUUUACGCCAGCGUGCGAAGCAAUGUGGAGGAAAUAAAGAUCCUGAUAACCGCACAAACCAGAGAUCAUAGAUAAUGGGCUGUGUGCAAUGCAAGGAUAAGGAGGCAACCAAACUCACAGACGACCGAGACGCCAGCAUCGCCCAGGGAGCCGGGUACCGCUAUGGGGCCGACCCCACGCCGCAGCACUACCCCAACUUCGGGGUCACCGCCAUUCCCAACUACAACAACUUCCACGCCCCGGUCGGACAGGGGGUGACCGUCUUUGGGGGAGUCAACACUUCGUCUCACACUGGAACCCUGCGGACCCGUGGAGGGACAGGAGUCACUCUCUUCGUGGCACUUUAUGACUAUGAGGCACGGACGGAGGACGACCUCAGCUUCAGGAAAGGAGAGAGGUUCCAGAUCCUCAACAGCACUGAAGGGGACUGGUGGGACGCCCGCUCGCUGACCACUGGGGGCAGCGGCUACAUUCCCAGUAACUAUGUGGCUCCUGUGGACUCCAUCCAGGCUGAAGACUGGUACUUCGGUAAACUGGGCCGGAAGGAUGCAGAGAGGCAGCUGCUGUCCACCGGAAACCCUCGGGGCACCUACCUGAUCCGAGAGAGCGAAACCACCAAGGGGGCCUUCUCCCUCUCCAUACGGGACUGGGACGACGUGAAAGGAGAUCACGUCAAGCACUAUAAGAUUCGCAAGCUGGACAGCGGAGGCUAUUACAUCACCACCAGGGCUCAGUUCGACACGCUGCAGCAGCUGGUUCAGCACUACUCAGACCGCGCUGCGGGUCUCUGCUGCCGCCUGGUGGUUCCCUGCCACAAAGGGAUGCCCCGCCUCGCCGACCUGUCGGUGAAAACCAAAGACGUGUGGGAGAUCCCACGGGAGUCGCUGCAGCUCAUCAAGCGCCUGGGGAACGGGCAGUUUGGGGAGGUCUGGAUGGAGAGUGCGGAUGGUUUGUGCUUUAAUUUAACGGGCGUGUGCAUGAACUACAUCCCUGACACUGUGGGCUUGAGUCAUGAUGCCUGGGAGAUCAGCAGAGACGCGCUUCACCUGGAAGUGAAGCUGGGGACGGGAUGUUUUGCCGAAGUGUUCUCUGGGACGUGGAACGGCACCACUAAAGUGGCGGUGAAGACGCUGAAGCCCGGCACCAUGUCGCCCGAGUCCUUCCUGGAGGAGGCUCAGAUCAUGAAGAAGCUGCGCCACGACAAGCUGGUGCAGCUGUACGCCGUGGUGUCGGAGGAGCCCAUCUACAUCGUCACAGAGUACAUGAGCAAAGGGAGUCUGCUGGACUUUCUGAAGGACGGAGAGGGUCGAGCUCUGAAGCUGCCGAACCUGGUGGACAUGGCUGCACAGGUGGCAGCAGGCAUGGCCUACAUCGAGAGGAUGAACUACAUCCACAGGGACCUUCGCUCUGCCAACAUCCUGGUAGGAGACAACCUGGUGUGCAAGAUCGCCGACUUCGGCCUGGCACGGCUAAUCGAGGACAACGAGUACACAGCUCGGCAAGGAGCAAAGUUCCCCAUCAAGUGGACCGCCCCGGAGGCUGCGCUGUACGGCAGGUUCACCAUCAAGUCAGACGUGUGGUCGUUCGGCAUCCUGUUGACGGAGCUGGUCACCAAGGGCCGCGUGCCUUACCCAGGCAUGAACAACCGCGAGGUUCUGGAGCAGGUGGAGCGGGGCUACAGGAUGCCGUGCCCCCAGGACUGCCCCAUCUCGCUGCACGAGCUGAUGCUGCAGUGCUGGAAGAAGGACGCAGAGGAGAGGCCCACCUUCGAGUACCUGCAGGCCUUCUUGGAGGACUACUUCACAGCCACCGAGCCUCAGUACCAGCCUGGGGAUAAUCUCUAAACCCCCACAGACCCUGAAACCAGCGGCUGCACCCCCCCAGGGCUCGGGUUGACCUGAGCUGGGGCAGUCCUGGUCCAAGAAGUGCUGUAUUUAAAUAAGAUCAAACUAUGGAGCAGUCAGGCUUUUUUCUUUGUUGUUGUUUUUAGGGAUCUGUUCAGCUUCCUCUGCUCAUCCUGAGCGUCUCAGAUCCACAUUCCUAAAAAGGAAACUGGUCUGAGGUCUGCAGAUGAAAAACUCACCAAGGGGAAGGGGGCGGGGCUCAUGCAAAGAAGUGUCCUGUAUAAAAAAGAAAAGCUUGUUUUAGUUUGUCUGCCUCUCUUCCAGAUUUUAUUUUCUCCUGCACAAAAAUAAAGUAAAAAAAAAAACCCAGGGAGCGCCACGCAGUGCAUGGACCCGACAGAAGCUCCAGUGUUAUUUUUUAAAAUGAAAUACGAUGCCUCAGUAUAUUAUUUUUUCUGCCUUUUUCUUCAGUCUAGUUUUCUUCAUCUGUGUUUGCUUUGAGCGAGCUGGAUGCACCUCCUGGAGGAGUCCCCUUCCUGAAGCUUCUCUUCCUCCUUUUGGGACACAUGUGUGGCUCAAAGAGAAUUUGCACACGUUCUCGCUCAUUUGAGUGUUUUUUUUUUUUUUUUGGUGCAGCCGGUGGAGGUCCGAGGCUGCACUCCU